GAAGUUUAUCUUCCUUAUACUUUAUAUGUUUUUGGGGUUUUAAGGCUUUUGUUGUUAAGAUCAGCAGGUUGCUAGGCAACGGGAGCAGCAGAAGUAAAGGUGGAGACGCUCGAGGCCGCUCCGUUCAGGCUAUGCGGUUGUUGAAGGACCAGCCCAGGUCUACCGCGAAGGCUGGUGAAGGCUGCAGGCUACGAGGAUGCAGCCUAGCGACUUUGAGACACAGCUACAGACUCUCCUACAAAGCACACCCAUUGGGAUGACGCCACCCAUGGGUGUUAUUCAGUGGCGGCAGGCCAAUAAAGGGCAAAGGGGCGUGGCCUGUCUGUGUUUCACCGUGACAAAUAACUCUGAUGGUUCAGAAGACGCCUUCCUUUCACUGAAACAUUCCUGAUCCCUCUUUGCCGUGAAGAAGAGUCUGUGUACACGAUGGAGACAUCCACCUCAUCUAAGGCGUCCAAAGCCAACAUCACCUUCUCCCUGGCCUUGCUGAAGAAGCUGAGAGAUGACGGCAAGACAGCAAAUGUCUUCUACUCCCCCUUCAGUGUCUCUUCGGCCCUGGCUAUGGUGAUGCUGGGGGCCAAGGGCAACACAGCCAAGCAGAUGUCAGAGGUCCUUUGCUUCACUGAGGCAGAGCAACCGAAGCAGGCGGAAACGCAGCCGGAAAAGCAGCCGGAAAAGCAGGCAGAAAAGCAGACGGAAAAGCAGACGGAAAACCAGGCAGAAAAGCAGACGGAAAAGCAGACGGAAAAGCAGGCGGAAAAGCAGGCGGAAAAGCAGACGGAAAAGCAGACGGAAACGCAGACGGAAAAGCAGACCCAAACGCGGACGCAGACACCGGCGCAGACACUGAUGCAGUCCCAGAUGCAGACGAGGAGGCAAUUGCGGACGCAGAUACAGCAGAGAAGCAGACUGCCCCAGUAUCUGGUCAAGUGCCUGAAACCUGAGGACGAUGAAGACGAUGUCCACGCUAGCUUUUCCAAACUGCUGAGUGAGCUCAACAAGAAGGACGCUCCAUUUGCCCUCACCAUUGCCAACAGGCUGUAUGGGGAGCAGACCUACAAGUUUGUUGAAGAUUUCCUAUCAGAAAUCAAAAAGCACUACAAAGCUGAGCUGGAUUCUGUGGACUUUCAAACCAAAGCAAAUGACAGCAGGGUGCUCAUCAAUAGCUGGGUGGAGAAGCAGACGCAAGGAAAAAUCCAGCACUUGCUGGGUGAGGGUGUAGUGGACGCCAGCAGCGUGCUGGUCCUGGUCAAUGCCAUCUACUUCAAAGGCAACUGGGACAAGAAGUUCAAAGAGGCUUCUACUGUGGAUGCUAAGUUUCGAAUUAACAAGAAUGACACCAAGUCGGUUAAGAUGAUGUGCCAGACCAGCAAAUUCUCUUUCACUUCCAUUCCUGAGGCCAACGUCAAGAUCCUAGAGCUGCUGUAUGAAGGAAAGGAGCUAAGCAUGUUCAUCUUCCUGCCCGACGGUACAGAGGACGACACAACAGGCUUGGAGAUGCUGGAGAGGGAGCUAACCUAUGAGAAAUUUGUGGAAUGGACUCGCCCAGACAAGAUGGCUCAAACUGAGAUCGAGGUGAGGCUUCCUCGCUUCAAGAUGGAGGAGUCGUAUAAUUUGAAGAGCGUUCUGAUCAGCAUGGGCAUGGAGGACGCUUUCACAAACAGUGACUUUUCCGGCAUGUCCCCUGCGAGCAACCUGGUGCUGUCACAAGUCGUCCACAAGGCUUUCGUGGAGGUCAACGAGGAGGGAACUGAGGCUGCGGCUUCCACUGCCGGCAUCGUGGCGGAUUGUGAAAUAAUUCCUCAAACAUUUAUCGCGGACCACCCCUUCCUCUUCUUCAUCCGACACAAUCCCACCAGGACCGUCCUCUUUAUCGGCCGUUACUGCUCCCCUGAGUGAGACAAUGGGCCCCCGAGCACGCGCCUGUAAAGGGCUCUGACCCUUUACCACGUGACAAUGAGAGCUACAGAUUCAAAACACACAAGAUUACAUAAAUGUUGCAUCUCUUUGUAGACGUGUUGCGUCUCAGUGGGUGCAUGCUGUCUCACACGUGUUCCAUAUCUCGUAUCAGUCAUGUUGCAUCUCUGUGGUUGUUUAGUUUUCAGUUUUCAGCUUCAGCAAUCCUCCAUGCCUGUGUAGAGCAUAGCAGCCAGGACCCUCCCCUGGCUGCUAUGCUCUAUUAUAUUAGGCCAUGAGGCUAAUAGGUAUCACUGGAAAAAAUGGAGAAUCACCAGUCUAGGCUGUGCUAUAUUUUCAACACAUAGAUUUGUAAGGAAAGCCUUUGAAUAGAAACUACUGUGUGUUCAAUCUAUUAAAAAAGGCAUAUGGGAGCUCAGAGGUUACAUGUUUUUCCCCAACAUUUUGCUUGCAUGUAUUUUACUUGAUGAUUCUGUUAGUUCUGUCUUAGUUCUGUUCUGUCACAAAAUGGAAAGGGCAUUUUUUGCAGGUCAAUAAAGAAGCUUGUUAAAAUAGAA